AAGAGAAACUCAAGUUGGACUAUAAAAGUUCACUUGGAAAUAGCAUGAUUUAUCAUGGAGAGGUAUUUUCUUCUUCACUUUUUAUUUCUGUAACUGUUGGCAUUACCAGAAAUAGAAAAUUGAAUUAUAUGACUAUAUAAGAACAUGAAUAGGUUACGUGCAUGGUGCUGCUGUUAUCUGUGUUUGCUGGUAGCAUUUAGUCCAGUGGAUCUGACCAACAGCAAUAAAGCAACAGACAAAGAUACAUUGUGCAGUGCCUGUACCUGGAGACAGAACAGCAAAUCUUCAAGGCUUGAAGCUAUCAAACUGCAGAUCCUUAGCAAACUUCGACUGGAGCAGGCACCUAAUAUUAGUAAGGAUGCUAUAAAAUAUCUUUUACCUAAAGCACCACCAUUAGAAGAAUUAAUCGACCAGUAUGACCUCCAAAGUGAUGACAGCAGUGAGGGAUCUUUGGAAGAAGAUGAUUACCAUGCCACCACUGAAACAAUCAUUACAAUGCCUACAGAAUCUGAUUCAACUGGAGAAAAACAAAAAUGCUGUUACUUUAAAUUCAGCUCUGUAGUGCAAUAUAAUAAAAUAGCAAAAGCCCAACUAUGGAUAUAUUUGAAGCCUGUUCAAAAACGUACUACAGUAUUCGUACAGACCUUUAGACUUCCAAAGUCUUUGAAUGACGGAGCACGGUCCACUGGAAUCAGGACUCUUAAACUUGAGAUGGGCCCCGGCUCUGGAACUUGGAAAAGCCUUGAUGUGAAAACAGCACUACAAAACUGGCUAAAGCAACCUGCAUCUACUUUAGGAAUUGAAAUUAAAGCUUGUGAUGAAAAUGGACGUGAUCUACCAAUUGCAUUUCGUGGUUCAAAUGAAGAUGGACUGAACCCAUUUAUAGAGGUUAAAGUUAUGGAUACGCCAAAAAGAUCUCGAAGAGACUUUGGACUUGACUGUGAUGAGCAUUCAACAGAAUCUAGGUGCUGCCGUUAUCCAUUGACAGUGGAUUUUGAAGCUUUUGGAUGGGAUUGGAUCAUUGCACCAAAACGAUAUAAAGCUAACUAUUGCUCUGGGGAGUGUGGCAUUGUCUUUCUGCAAAAGUACCCACAUACACAUCUUGUUCAGCAAGCAAACCCAAGAGGAUCUGCUGGGCCUUGUUGUACACCAACCAAAAUGUCCCCAAUUAAUAUGUUGUAUUUCAAUGAAAAUGAACAAAUUAUUUAUGGGAAAAUUCCAGCAAUGGUGGUAGAUCGCUGUGGAUGUUCAUGAGUUCUCAUUCAUUUUCUUUUCAUAGUUUUCAUGAACCAUGACACCAUUGUAUUCAUUAAGCUCACAAUAUAGGGUUAACAGUUACAUCAAAAAUCCCUCUUCAUGGGAUACAGGAAAAAAGCAUUGUAUGCUAUGAUGUUACUAAAACCUAAAGGACAACCCAUUCAACACAUUUUUAAUAUUAUAAAACACCGUUAAAUAUUGUUUGAAUCUAAUUUUUUUCAUAUAAAGAAUAAGGUAAAAUAAACAUUUACAGCUCUUCUCCUUUAUAAUUUUUAUAUGCAAACAUAUUACAUUAUGCAGUAUGCCCUUAUUAGUAUGAGUUAGGUGCAUCUGGGCACAUUCUGAAAGAAUUUUCUUCUUAUCUAUCAAGCUACCUCUUUAAGUAAAUAAAAUAAAGAAAAUCCAGUUUAAGGCAGUGGUGUCUGAAAAAUGAAAAUCUAUUUCUAGGCAUUGGUGGUUAGAAUGACAGAACAUUGUGUACUAAAUAUGCCUCUUUUCCUCUAAAUAUGUAGCAGGUACAAAAAAAAUUUGAAAUGAAAAGAUAACAAUAUCCUAUCCACAUCCAAAUUUACAUUAUUUUAAUCGCAUAUAUGGUUUCAUUUUCUUUUUAAGUCCCCUUUAUGUUUACUGCAGGAACCAAAUUAUUCUGUGCCAAAUGCUUCCAGCCUAAUUGUUCACUAUGACAUUACUAAUAACAUCCUAAUACAGGGGUCCUCAAACAUUUUAAACAGGGGGCCAGUUCAUGGUCCCUUAGACUGUUGGAGGGCCAGACUAUAGUCCUCUGAUUAUGCCCCCCCUCCUCAAACUAUGGCCCGCUCUUGCUGCCUGCUCCCUGCUGCUUGGUCAAACUACAGCCUGCUCCUGCGUCCUCGCUCUCCCAGCUCUCCUGCCCCACGCUGCAUCCUCCCAGCUCCCCUCUGCGUCCUCCCAUUCCGUUCUCCCUCUCCAAGCUCCUGCUGCCCAUGGGCUAUACUGUAGUUUGAGGAUGCUUGUCCUAAUACAUUGCUAAUAAUGUUCAAAAGUGCAGUUGUUGUCCCUGCAAUUUCCCCACAGUCUGUUGCAUUUAAAACCUUUUUCAAUAAAGGUACUUGCACUCCCAUAGUUGCGCUUAGCCAGGGGUGCAUGUUGCCCUGGGCAACGGACCUAAAUACACCCCACAUCACUUCCACAGAGCCCACCGCCAUCUCAACCCUCAGCUCUGCUGCCAGAUUUCCUAUGGAAAUCCAAGGUGGAGGCUGGGGGAAUUUUUUUCAAAUUAAAAAAUAAUUUAUAGGCAACCUAGGGCUGCACCCAAAGAUCUGCUGCCCUAGGAACAGACCCUCAGGUGCCUUAUUAUACUGUAAAUAUGCCCCUGUGCUUAGCACUUCUUAGUCCUACCUGCCUUCCAUUCCGAAUUGACCGCUGCUGCACUUAUUGUGCCUGAAGCUCCAUACCAGGCAGUAGCUCCAGGGUUCAUAGUACAUGCACAGUUGCGUUAAUUUUACGUACAUGUGCCUUUUGGUUUCUACAAUUACUUAAAGGGGACAUAUUUGUUUUUCUUAAAUAAUUCUCACCAUAUAUACCAUGAUAAAUAAUGUAUAUUAUUUGGAUGUGGAUAUAAUAUGGAUAGCCAGUGACAGCUCUCUGCAGCUCCACCUUCCUGCAGGUUGCCUUCCAGGGAAGUAACUUUAACAGUCCACAACAUUUGAGAAAGCAGAAAACCAAAAGCAGAAUGACUGGAUGGAGCUGCAAUGUUUUUGGAGACAUCCAUUACAAAGUACAACAUUCCUUUUGUUUUAGUGAUGGAUAAUGUUCUUGACACUACCCAUAUGCCUUAAAACAAAUUGUUUAAAAAAGCAAGAUUAUUUUAAAUUGUAUAAAUGAUGGAUAGCACACAAGCAUGUUUUCUACUUCUAUGUCCCUAAUACAACUUAAAUAUUCAGUACAAUCAAUAUAGUAUUUAUAUGUAGUAAAAACUUGUUGCAAAAUAACACUGCAUAUGAAUUUCUAUAUAUAGCACUUAUAAAGGGUUCACUAAAAGUUAAUAGACAACGACAAAUGUGCGGGUCGCACAUACAAUAUAUAUAUAU